AUGGUGCCCCAUCGCCCCCCUGGAAGCGGGCUCCUGCUGCUGCUCCUCCUGCUCCUCCUCCUGCUCCUUGGCCCGGACUGUCUGCUGGGGGCGCCUGGGGAUGGCGCUCUGCCCGGCACCAGGCGGGUGAAACGUGGCUGGGUCUGGAACCAGUUCUUCGUGGUGGAGGAGUACACGGGCACAGAGCCGCUGUACGUGGGGAAGAUUCACUCGGACUCCGACGAGGGCGACGGCUCCAUCAAGUACACCAUCUCCGGGGAAGGUGCCGGCACCAUCUUCCUGAUCGAUGAGCUGACGGGGGACAUUCAUGCCAUGGAGCGCCUGGAUCGCGAGCAGAAAGCCUUCUACACGCUGCGGGCUCAGGCGCGUGACCGCCAGACCAACCAGCUGCUGGAGCCUGAGUCGGAGUUUGUCAUCAAGGUGCAGGACAUCAACGACAGCGAGCCCCAGUUCCCGGGGGGGCCCUACAUUGGGAGUGUGGCUGAGCUCUCCCCCAUCGGGACUUCGGUGCUGCAGGUCCUGGCCUCCGAUGCAGACGACCCCAGCUACGGGACCAGCGCCCGGGUGGCCUACAGCGUCCUGGAGGGGGAGCAGCACUUCACCGUGGACAGCAAGACUGGUGUGAUCCGGACGGCUGUGGCCAACCUGGACCGGGAGACCCAGGACCGCUAUGAGGUGGUGGUCCGGGCCACGGAUAUGGCGGGGCAGCUGGGGGGCCUCUCAGGCUCCACGACCGUCACCAUCGUCAUCACUGACGUCAACGACAACCCCCCUCGCUUCCCCCAGAAGAUGUACCAGUUCAGCAUGGUGGAAACGGCACCGGUGGGCACGCUGGUCGGGCGAGUGAGGGCGGAGGACGCCGACGUCGGGGAGAACACAGACAUGGCCUACCAGAUGAAGGAGGAGGGGGCCCUGGGGCCCUUCCUGGUGGCCACCGACAGCAACACCCAGGAAGCCCUGAUCUCCCUGCAGCAGCCUCUGGACUUCGAGGCCCAGGCGGUGCACACUGUGGUCCUGGAGGCCCUGAAUAAGUUUGCGGAGCCCCGCUUUAUGGGCCUGGACACCUUCCGGGACCAGACCCUGGUGCUGGUCUCUGUGCUUGACGCGGACGAGCCCCCUGAGUUCCGGCCUCCCGGCGGCCCCCUGGAAGUGCAGGAGGAUGCGCUGGUGGGCUCCCUGGUGGGGGUGGUCUCCGCGGUGGACCCCGAUGCGGCCAGCAGACCCGUCCGGUACGCCCUUGAGCCCCCUGAGGGCACGGAGCAGAUUUUUGGUAUCGACCCCGAGACUGGAGCCAUCCUGACCAGGCAGGGCUUGGAUCGAGAGACGGCUGGCUGGUACAACAUCACCGUCUUGGCCAUGGAGGCUGACAAUCCUACUCAAGUGUCCAGGACGGUGCUCAGAAUUCGCAUCCUGGACGUCAACGACAAUCCGCCCGAACUGGCCAUGCCCUACGAAGCCGCCGUCUGUGAGGAUGCCAAGCCAGGCGAGCUCAUCCAGACCAUCAGUGUCGUGGACAGGGACGACCCGCCAGGCGGCCAUCGCUUCUACUUCACGCUGGGCCCCGAGGCCACCGCCAGCCGCCACUUCUCCUUGCUGGGCAUCACAGAUGACACGGCCGGGCUGCACACUCAGCACCUGGGCUUCAACCGGCAGGAGCAGGACCUGUUCCUGCUGCCCAUCCUGGUGGUGGACAGCGGCCCCCCCGCCCUCAGCAGCACGGGCACCCUCACCGUCCGCAUCUGCGGCUGCGACAACACCGGCACCAUCCAGUCGUGCAACACCACUGCCUUCGCGGUGUCCCCUUCGCUCAGCCCCGGGGCCCUCAUCGCCCUGCUGGUCUGCCUCCUCAUCCUCGUAGUGCUGGUGCUGCUCAUCCUGGCCCUGAAGCGCCACCAGAAGGGGCACCUGCCCUCCGAGGAGGACGAGGACAUGCGCGACAACGUCAUCAAGUACAACGACGAAGGGGGCGGCGAGCAGGACACCCAGGCCUACGACAUGUCGGCGCUGCGCAGCCUCUAUGAGUUUGGCGAGACCAAGGGGGGCGAGGAGAAGGGGGCGCCCCCACCGCCCUCGGAACUGCACUCCCUGCCCCAGUGGCGCCAGGCGCCGGACCUCGACUUCUCCCUCUUCAGAGACUACAUCCGCCGUAAAGUGGGGCAGGCGGACGGCGACCCCUCCGUGCCCCCCUACGACUCCUUCCAGACCUACGCCUUCGAGGGGGCCGACUCCCCGCUGGCCUCCCUCAGCUCCAUCGCUUCCCGCUCGACCGGCUCUGAGCAGGACUUCUCCUACCUCGGCGCCUGGGGCCCCCGUUUCCGGCAGCUGGCGGCGCUCUACGCCGGGGCCCGGGCCGAGGAGAGCAGCCGGGAGACCUAGGCCCAGCUGGAGCAGGGCUCCUGGGGCCCA